AUGGCUGGAAGCAAUAGCCCACCUAGAAGUGUGGAAGUUAGCGAUAACGCUGGCAGUUCCAGUUCGGUUUCCAAAGCCAACAAAGUUCUUAACACUAAAGGUGACGAGAGGGCCAGUGUUAUUGUAAAAUUCAUGAGAAGUAUCUUCGGAUACAGAAAAACUUCAUUGACGUUUUUUGUGUUCCUAGCAUUGUUCUUUACAGUGAUUCUUACAUUUUUGAACAAUAGUCUUGAAUAUUCUAUUCUGCUCCCAGCAGACAAGUUUGAAUCUGAGAUAUUAGAGACUUCUUGGUCAGACUUACAGCACAUAGCGUUAUCGGAGCAUUCAUAUGGAUCACACGGUAAUGAUUUUGUUCACCACUUUCUACAGGAUAAAAUUGUAAGCCUAAUCGAAGAUAAGAGUUAUAUUGAAUACGAUAAUGAUUUGAAUUAUACAAACAACAUUUUGGUGAAACCGUUCGAUUCUAAAAGCGUCUGGUAUUAUGAAAGCAAUAAUUUACUUGUCAGGAUAAAUGGGUCAAAUAUGGAUUUACCGGCAAUUCUAGUGAGUGCCCAUUUUGAUUCUGUACCUUCGAGUUAUGGAGUAACUGAUGAUGGAAUGGGAAUUGCAUCCUUGUUAGGAUUGUUAAUGUAUUAUUCGUCUAAAUCCACCUCACAACCUACUCGUUCUAUUAUUUUAAAUUUCAAUAAUAAUGAGGAAUUUGGUUUGUAUGGAGCAAGAUCGUUUUUAAGCCAUCCUUGGUUUGAAAAUAUAAAAUACUUCCUUAACCUAGAAGGAGCGGGCUGUGGUGGUAUGGCCACUUUAUUUAGAGGGACUGACUAUGGCAUCUUGAAAUACUUCAAGAAUGUGAGAUAUCCUUAUGGUAACUCUAUUUAUCAGCAGGGUUUCAAUAAUAAAUUGAUUCAUAGUGAAACCGACUAUUUUGUUUACAAAGAUGUUGGAGGAAUAAGAGGAAUUGAUCUUGCAUUCACUAAGCCAAGGGAUCUUUACCACACUCCUGAAGAUAAUAUCAAAAAUAUAGAUAAGAAGUCCUUAUGGCACAUGCUUUCAAACACAUUAGACUUCGUCGGACAUAUUGCCUCGAGACAGAUCGAUCUUGAUGUUGAAAACAAAGGUUCAGAGGCGAAAGCAAGCCGUGACUUUGCUUUUUUCACGAGUGCAUUCAACAAAUUUUUUGUUUUUCCUAUUUCAACACUUAUAGUAUUCAACAUUGUUUCAUUGGUAGUGAUUCCAAUAUUUUGCUUACCCUUAUUUGUUAUUAUUUUUAAUUUCAAAAGAAACUGGAACAUUAGUUUUAUCAAUUUUAUCAAAUAUCCGGCGUCAUUGUGUGUUUCUAUUUUCGUUGUGAACGUCAUUGUCAAUGAUUACAUCGUGAAAGUAAAUGAAUUUCUACCCAAUUCAUCUUGUGGGCUAAUUGUGAGUACUUUGGUAUCAACUUUUUUGCUUUUUAAUUAUUUCACGUUAAAUGCCAUUAAUCUUCUCUUCAGGAAGUUUAAAGUUAAAGUUCAUGACGAAAAGUUGAUCUCAAUUUUACAAAAUGGUUUUUUCUACUGGAUUUUCUUGAUUUAUUCCACCAUUAAACUCUCUGAAAAUAAAAUAGGUGAUGACCAUACCGGUGAAUAUCCUUUGGUAUCAUUGUUUUUAUUACAGUCUGUGGCGUCAAUCAUAGGAUUACUCGGUUGGGUUUUUAAGUCAGCGCGCAAAUAUCCACAUAUUUCAGAGGAUAUGCAGCCAUUGCUUGCAAGAGAUGAUCACUCUGACUACGGGUCAAAUCAAGCUACACAUGAUGCCGGGCUCUCUUCUCUGUGCUCUUCUUUUUCGGUUAUAAACCCAGAUGAAUUGCACAUACGUAAGUGUGAGACAUCGUUUAGUUAUGACUGGUCUCUCCAGUUUUUAUCAAUUGUUCCAUUGUCAUCACUAAUAAUUUAUAACUCAGGAUGGUUGGUGUUUGAAGGAUUGAAUAAGGGGGUACAGGAAUCGUAUUAUGACGAGCUGUAUGUAUUUCAAUUCCUUAUGGCGUUCUCGAUAACUUGGGUCAUUCCGGUGUUACCGUUUGUAUUCAAGCUCAAUAGAAUUAUUGUUUUGAUAUUAAUUUUGAUAACUUUGCAGGGCUUAGUCGGCAUUUACGUCCGUGAACCUUUUGACCAGCAGAACCCCUUGAAGUUACGAUUUCUUCAAACAGUUGAUUUAUCAGUAUCUCCCAAUGUGAGCUAUGUGAAUGUUCAAGGAAGAAAUACAGCUCCAAUUUCUCAAAUUCUAAGUGAUGUGCCAUCUUUCAAGGAUUCAAAGGAGCCUUUGAAUUGCCAUACUUUAUCAAAAGGAUUAGCAAGUGGUUUGCAGGUAUGUACAUACAAAAGUAUGCUACAGCCUCAUUUAGUGUCAGGUGCUCAUGGCUUCGAAGACUACAUAGAGGUAGAUGUUCUUCAAAACUCAACAACCAACUUUGGUAAUCCUUUUGGUUUAAUCACUGGUGAAUUGAAAAUUACAGUUCCAAAUAAUAGAGUUUGUAACUUGAAUUUCAAUCUUUCUGAAGAUACCACUGAGAUAAUGACCAAGGAAAUGCUGCAAAUUAGCCCAGUAAGAAUAGUGACAGUAUAUGCCAAUGGAAAAAAUCAUGUAAAUUCUUCAUUUAUCAGUGCAAAAAAUGAUUACAGCGCACUUGCUGUCCCUGAGGGAUCCUCGAGAGAUAAACAAGGCAAUUAUAUCUUCAAGGAUCUGGAUGGCAUUGAAGAAUUAAGAUUGAAUAAAUUGGAUUGGAACUCCGUUUACCAUGUAGGUUUACAGUGGGUUCCUAGUGUUGUUGAAGAACUGGACUCUCAGACAGAAGCGAUAGAACUUAAUAAGUUAGGAGUUAAGAUUGAUUGUCUAUGGACUGAUACUGCAGGUUCUCCCGAUGAAAAAAUUGGACAAAGCGUUCCAGCUUGGACUGAACUUUUGCACUAUACGCCCAAUUACGUAAACUGGGCCAACUUGGAUAGUGGUUUAGUUUCUGUCUCAACUUACGUAGAAUUAUAA